AAGAGUCACCAGACGCGUGCUGGGCCGCGUGCUUCAAGAAAGAUGGGGGCCACCUCCCGUCGCGGUGCAAAAUUCUCCUGGAUACUACCGAGGGAUGCCAUCAACGACGGCCGGUACGUUGCGGGACUGCGCUGAGAACGGCGCGGCGGCGGGCAGUGAAGCCACGGCCGGCGGGGCAUGGCCUUGCGGCUGCCAAGACCUGAGAGUGCCGAGUGGCUACGGCGUCGUGCGAGAUCCCCCCAACGACAGGCUUGUCCGCAAUGGCCAGCGCUUUGUCGGUCUCCGUGUAUGGACAGGAUGUCCGAUGCAGAAUCACGAAGUUCGGAAAAGCUCUCCCUGAUGGCCGAGCCCUGCAAGUUCCGCGUAAAGAAGCCUUCAAGUCCCAACCCUCCAAGAAUAGAUCCCAAGCUUAAGCUCUACUAUGAUGGCAUCUCCCAGCACGUGGACCUGUUAUCCCUUCCCGCGCCUGGCGAACGCUUCUCUUUGCAGAGAGUCGUUGGAGAAGGCACGUACGGAGAGGUGUACGCAGCGCGGGACACUUACACAGAUCGCAUGGUUGCAGUUAAAAUUAUGGAGAACAUUGCGGACAACGUGGAAGAGAUGGACGAAGAGCAUCGGGUUCUACGCGACUUGUGCGCCCACCCAAAUAUCCCUACCUACUUCGGAAUAUUCUUCCAACCGGCGGCAACGUGCAGGGAGGACGAUCAGGUCUGGUUCGUCAUGGAGCUAUGUACAGGUGGAUCCGUGACAGACCUCGUGCAAGGAUUACGUCGAUGCGGCGAAAGGUUACCAGAACGGGCCAUCGCGUACAUUCUGCGAGAAACGAUGGAGGCACUGCGCUUCCUGCACGAGCAUCGCUGCAUGCAUCGGGACGUCAAAGGUCACAACAUCUUGCUCACGGAACACGGACACGUUAAACUAGUUGACUUCGGGGUGUCUUCGCACUUGGAAGAAACAAUGGGGAGACGCAACACAUCUGUUGGAACGCCGUACUGGAUGGCACCGGAGGUGGUCGCGUGCGAGCGGCAGCUGGACUACGCGUACGACAUCCGCUGCGACGUCUGGUCUCUGGGCAUUACUGGCAUCGAGCUCGCCGAAGGAGAGCCGCCUCUUGCGGACGUGCAUCCCAUGAGGGCACUCUUUCAGAUCCCCAGGAAUCCUCCGCCGACUCUUCGGCAGCCAAGCGAGUGGUCCGAUGGCUUCAAUGCCUUCCUAGCAUUAUGCCUCAUUAAAGACUACGAAAAGAGGCCUCUUAUGGCGCAGCUCAUGGCACACCCCUUCAUCGAACAAGUGCCCAGAGACCCCGAAGAGAUAAGGAAAGAGCUCGUCAGGAUCAUAAAGGCGCAACAGAAGUUAGGCUAUGGCAGGAGGAUUCCCGAAGUGACAACGAAACACGGUCAGCUGAGGACGGACCGCAAGUCUCGUCCUCAGCGAAUCCUUGUCGAUGAUCUAUCCGCCCUCGAAACUUUAACAGAGGAUGUUAUUGUCGACCAGAUAUACCAAAGGUACAUACAGGGUCAAAUUUAUACGUAUAUUGGAGACAUCCUCCUGGCCGUGAAUCCCUUCCGGCAGCUACCUAUUUAUGCAACACAAGAUUCUAUGAGGUAUCGAAACCGUGCCAAACUCGACAACCCACCGCACAUCUUUGCUGUGGCAGACAGUGCCUAUCACAGCAUGAUGCACCAGAAGAAGAACCAGUGUGUAGUCAUCAGCGGAGAAAGCGGGGCAGGCAAGACUGAAAGUGCAAACUUCCUGCUUAAACAGCUUGUAGCAUUGGGAAAGGCAUCAAGUCGACAACUAGAAGACAAAAUAUUACAAGUCAACCCCAUUAUGGAGGCAUUUGGAAAUGCAAAAACGGGCAUGAAUGACAACUCGAGUCGCUUCGGAAAGUUCCUGGAUCUAUCGUUUACAGAGAUUGGAAAGAUUACAGGAGCGAAGCUAUCCGUCUACCUCUUGGAACAGUCACGUGUGAUCUGGCAAGCUCCGCAGGAAAGGAACUUCCACAUAUUUUACUAUUUGUACGACGGACUAGCAGACGCUGGAAAGUUAAAGUCCUAUCACCUCGACGGUUGUGAACGCGCACGGCACAGGUACCUUCAAGGCGCUCCUGCUAGUCGCGAUGCCGUGUCUGUAAAUGUCAGCAGGUUCACCAACAUAAAGAAAGGAUUUCAGCUGCUGGGAUUUCGCGUUGGUGACAUUGACACCAUAUGCUGCAUUCUAGCUGCGAUCUUAAACCUCGGAGAGUUACAGAUUCGGUCACUUGAAACUAAGUUUCACUCCGACGCUUGCUCAGUGGCCAACAAUGAAAAGAUACCAGUCGUUGGGCAACUUCUGGGUCUGAAGGGAGAUGAUCUCCUGGAAGCCCUCACGUCGAGCAGCAUUGUUAUGCGUGGUGAGGUAAUCCAUCGCCGCAAUUCAGCGCAAGAAGCAGAGAGCACAAGGGAUGCCAUGGCCAAGGCCUUGUACGCGAGGCUUUUCGACUGGAUUGUUAACCAGAUAAAUCAACACCUAUCCUUUGGAAGGGUAGCCAUGGGUAUCCCACUGUCCGUAGCAGUUCUGGAUAUCUUCGGCUUUGAGGAUCUGCAACUUAACUCAUUCGAGCAACUGUGCAUCAACAUAGCCAACGAGCAGAUCCAGUUUUUCUUCAAUCAACACGUCUUCGCUUGGGAGCAGCAAGAGUAUUUACGGGAAGGCCUGACAAUAACACCAGUGACUUUCGGCGAUAAUCGUCCUCUGCUGGAUAUGUUCUUGGGAAGACCCUUAGGCUUGCUCGCUCUGCUCGAUGAGGAAAGUCACUUUCCGAGCGCAACUGACCACACGCUCAUAGAAAAGUUCCAUGCCAACAUCAAGUCCAAGUUCUACGUGCGCCCAAAGUCCAACGCGCUUCAGUUCACCAUUAGGCACCAUGCGGGGAAGGUGUCCUACAAUGCUCGAAACUUCGUGGACAAGAACCGGAACUAUCUACCUCCAGAAAUUGUGCAACUCCUAAGACAGUCAAAGCUGGCCAUAGUACAGACCUUGUUCCAGUGCCCCCUUACGAAAACUGGGCAGCUCUACUCCCCGUCCCAGUACGCUUGCCAAAAUCUUUCGACCCAGAGUCUCGUUAGCCAGGGCAAAGCGCUCCAGACGACGGCCACGUCCUUCCGGUAUUCGCUGAUGGAUCUGCUGCAGAAGAUGAGCGUGGGACUUCCACACUUCGUGCGCUGCCUCAAGCCCAACGAACAUCGUCUGCCUGGCGUGGUGGCGAAGGAGAAGCUACUCUGCCAGUUGCGGUACACGGGUGUCAUCGAAACAGUGCACGUCCGACAGCAGGGAUUCUCCCACAGGUUCUCCUUUGCGGAGUUCAUUAAACGGUACGGCUUCUUGGCAUUCAGCGCCAACGAAAGAAUGGCCGCUAACCGAGAGAACUGUCACUCACUUCUGGUCAAGCUAAAGAUGGAUGACUAUGCCAUCGGUAAAACAAAAGUGUUCCUCAAGUAUUAUCAUGUUGAAUACCUCUCACGUUUGCACGAACAGAGCAUGCGAAAGAUUAUUAUCGCUCAAGCUGCAGUGCGUCGGUGGCUGGCCAAACGGCAAGUCCAGAAGCGCAGGUUCGCCAUCGCCCUUAUCACACAGAGAUGCCACAUGAAAAAGAAGAAAAGAGAAGCCGCCAAGAAACAGUCUAACAAGCAGCUGACUGAGGGCAACGGGCCUGCUUGGAAGUGCAUUCUGGACCUGUGUCAAAAGGUCCACCCAAGACCCGCCAACAGGAGCAGACAUCCAAGGAAAUCCCAGUCCCACGUAAACAUGACUCAGGUUAUAAUGACUUGUCAUCACGUUCCCGAACCAAAGACCAUGCAAGCCAUAUCAGAGGAACCGUUACCUGCCCCUCCAGUACCUCGUGCACGACGGCAGCUCAAGAAGGAAGGUCCUCAAAGACCACCUCAAAAGCCGUUGAGUAAUCAGGAGUUAUGUUGUCACGAACUAGAAAGGAGGAAGAGGUCUAAACAGAAACUGGCUACGGAAAGUGAACGCGCCAAGGAAAAGAUUACAGUGGUACCUGCGCGAAACGAGCCUACAGGGACGAAUGCGUCGCGCAUCGCAAACGGACCUACUACAGUCGCCCAAGUGGAGUCCUGGCUACGGAAGACAUCAUUCAGGGAAAGUCCAAGACGGGACGAAGCGGAAGAUCCCAACCAGGGUCCAUAUCAAUUCAAGAAGAUUUUACGGCCUUCGCCAACAUCCCCCCAACCUCCAAGCGAGCGUGACGGAACACCUCGUUACGAUUUCCGCAAACUGCUGCGUAAAACGGAGCACGCUCCGACAGCGACGCUACGACGCUGUAAAGGGCUGCCUUCCUGACCCUGGCAUCAGACCUAUAUGUACAUAGCCCAAAAUAAAAUUGUUCCGGCCCCCACAAAAGUUCAUUAACUGAAGCAAGUGUA